UGUGAAAAGCCCUGAUGACGGCUGCCACUCAAUAAACAAUCUGGAAGGAGUCAACAUCCGCUUCGACCGUCUUUUGGCACAUUUCAAGCAAAUACAAACUGGCCACGCGUUGCUAAAUACGAAUGACUUGCUGCACCCGUCGACCUCAGAUGUACUAGAAGCGGCUCCAUAGUAAACAUUGAAAUUAGUACAGAUAAAAACAG